UGUUCUGACAAAUCCAACGGGCCAAUAAACGGCCCGCUCCUGUUUCUUCCUCCCGAACAAAAAGAAGCAUUCUGCCAUUUCUGUUCUUCUUCCAAGCUCACUCCCGUUCGUUGAAACCUUCCCGAAAGGCGGUUCUCGCAGAAUCGUCUUUAUCAAAUCAUCCAUAUCCUCGUUAGCCGAAGCAAUUCCCUCCCGCACCCCCACCUUCCGAUCCUGCAAUCGACAACUGUAGGAAAAGCGCAUCCUUUUAUCUUCCUCGUUCCUGUCUGGGGAGUCUCUUCCUCAAGCUCGAUCGCAGAUUUUAAGCAAACCCAUUUGAAGUCUCUGGAAGAAAAUCCGGAGUUCUAAUUUUCGUCUGACACUUCCUGCCUGCCGAUCAUUUUCGGGUGCGAGGUUCCGAGUCUUUCGGGUUGAACUCAUUCAACUUACCGACAUGGUGGAGAACAAGCUACUAUGUUGGUCAUCUUUGCUUUUUUGAUGCGAUGAGAUGGAAAAUAGACGAAUAGAGGAGGGUGAGCCUGGACCACUUCCCCCACUUAGACCAUUGGACAGAUUUGGUUUCAUCAAGGAUGAGGUUAAUAACUCUCCUGAAGGUCUGAACAAGGUCCGAUCUGCCAAUUACUAUGAAAGGGAUGAAAGAAGAGUAAGGAAAUGGAGGAAGAUGAUUGGAGUUGGCGGAAGUGAUUGGAAGCAUUAUGUUCGGAGGAAACCUCAUGUGGUUAAAAGGCGUAUAAGGAAAGGAAUUCCCGACUGUUUGAGGGGUCUUGUGUGGCAGUUGAUCUCUGGAAGUCGUGACCUUCUGUUAAUGAACCCUGGAGUUUAUGAGCAAUUAGUUAUAUACGAGACAUCAGCUUCGGAGUUGGAUAUCAUUCGGGAUAUCUCUCGAACCUUUCCUUCUCACGUUUUCUUCCAACAGAGACAUGGACCAGGUCAAAGAUCCCUCUACAAUGUUCUGAAGGCCUAUUCGGUCUACGACAGGGAUGUUGGAUAUGUUCAGGGCAUGGGUUUUGUAGCUGGUCUGCUGCUUCUUUAUAUGAGUGAAGAAGACGCAUUUUGGUUACUUGUUGCAUUAUUGAAGGGAGCUGUUCAUGCUCCAAUGGAAGGCCUAUAUUUGGUCGGUCUCCCACUGGUUCAACAGUACCUUUUCCAGUUCGAUAACUUGGUGAGAGAGCAGGUGCCAAAGCUCGGAGAGCAUUUUACACAAGAAAUGAUAAACCCCAGUAUGUAUGCGAGUCAGUGGUUCAUAACUGUUUUCUCGUAUUCUUUCCCAUUCCAUCUGGCUCUUCGAAUUUGGGAUGUCUUUCUUUUCGAGGGAGUGAAAAUUGUUUUUAAAGUCGGUUUGGCUCUCUUAAAGUUCUGCCAGGAUGAUUUGAUAAAGUUACCUUUUGAGAAACUUAUACAUGCUUUACGGAAUUUUCCGGAAGAGGCAAUGGACCCAGAUACCUUACUACCGAUGGCUUAUUCAAUCAAGGUAACAAAGCGCUUAGAACAAUUGAAGGAGGAGCACGAGAAGAAGAAUGGGAAGGUCAUACAAUCUGCACGAGGGAGUGUGGAGCAGAACCAUCAGCUGCAGUGAGAAGUUUCCCCUGAGAGCUUGUAGUAAGCUCAUUAUUAGACCAAUUCGUGCACUGAUUUUCAUGCCAAGAAAGGAAAUGAACCUCGACUUGUGUCACUCAUAUUGUUCACAGCUUUAUAUGCCACCCAAAUCAUUGAGAAGGGAGUUUACUUGUUUUUUUAUGGCAAUUCCUCUUCUGCUCAUAGCAGAUAAUGCUGCAGUUCUGGGUUUCUCAAGGCCUUCGCUCGUGAUUCACACACACAAAGGCCUUCUCCGGUGCGUUCUGAUGCUGUCUUGGCUUAGUUUGCUGUGUUGUGACCGUAGAUUCUUUCUAUUUUAUGUCUUUUCCUGGCAUUGUAUACAUCCAAAACACGACGAUAUUGAAAAUGGUAUUUGAUUAUUUUGCAAUUGAAUGACGAUUACUCCUUUCAGUUGGUCGUCAUUGUAAUGGAAUUGUUUUGUCAGUGAAAGUACAUCUGUUCACUUGUA